AUGCCACCAGAUCAGAAGCAGGUCCUCCUGGAGUUUUACCGAUCACUUAACCGUAAACUUUUGAACCUCAAGCUUGAUGCAGUUGCUGACCGACGGCUGAGAAAUUGGCUUCGGUCGCAAUUCAAAGACACAGCAACGCCACUGCAUCGUAAACUUCAGGAAGGAAAACGAUUUGACCUUAUUUUAGAUGGCUCCCUAAACGGUCAUUACAAAUCUGGCGUUAAACUCUUGCGGAUGGCCUAUUACGAUUUGAUUUCUUUUGAUGCACGAGCGCCAAAAUGGCUGUCUGAUUUUGCGAGAGCUAAAGUUUACUCUAGGGCUCAAAAAGACCGAUUUUUUAGCGAGUACUCAGGCAUCCUGAAGAUCACACACGAUAUUCACGAUUUCAAAAGCAUUCCAGGAUUGGUCGAGAAGUACAUGAUCAACUUGCAACAAUCAGAGACAAAGUCUCUUCCUUCCAAUCAUAGCAUUACUGAUAUCUUGAAUGGUGUCAAGCCUGCAGUCCAAAGCUCAACUUACGGAUCGAAGAAGCCCUUAUGUUCACUAUUCAGUCAAUUGCGAACGCAAUAUAAAGACCAUAUAGACCACGAUUGGGCGUUGCCACAACUAAAUCUCAAAAUCCCCCCAAACCCAGCAGGCCUACCUCUCUCACCGUCAGUAAGACGAAAUUUGAUUCUUGUAAAGCUGCUUCAAAUAAAGCGCUUCAUUAAUGAGUACCCUCCGAUGAAGAUGGAAGAUAUGGAACACUUAAACAACUUCGUCAAGUCCGAGACCUUUGGUAGUCAUCCGAUGAGCUUUGCAUACGAGAGAUUCACCCGUGACUCGUUUGCAUUGACUAAGAACGGAAAGUUCAAAUUGUCGAAGAUUAGAGACUUUUCAAUUCCACCGCCGAAAAACCUCUUCAAUUACUAUGUUAGUGUAAAAUAG